AUGUCGAAUUUGCUGUUCGAAGAAGCCUCACGAAAAUUUUGUGAAGUACAAGCGAAAAAUGUCUACCUCUUGGAGCGUCUACAAACUGCUGAUACUCUGUCUACUCCCACCUUUCACGCCGAUGUUGAAUUAUUCACCAACAAGCUCAAGGAAGCUCUUGUGAUUUCAUGGAGGUUUCAUGACUCUGAACGCAACCUCAAGGUUUGUCUGGCGCUCAAUCGAGUGAUGCUCUGUAAUGACGGUAUCUACGAUGCUGUGAAUAGAAUUUACAAGCGUAUGAUGGAAGGUGGCUCGACGCAUACUACGGAGGCCGAAAAUGAGUUUGCAGCCAUAGUGGGGGAGUUCGGUAAGGGCAUACUUUCGAUGGCUCGGGCUGCUCAUGGAGCCAGCAGGAAGCAGGCCAGCAUAGAAAGGUACGAGGCCGGCUUGGCGAUGAUCAAGUUCACCCAGAUGAUGGACCCGAAGUAUGAACGAGAUAAGAAACCCAUUGGGAAGGAUCCAUGGGAGAGUCCUUUAAAGAGCGCUUGCGAUGUGAGGAUCACCACCACCAAAGCAGGUAAACUGCGUCCUAGUGGAAAUGCUCCAAGUUCGAAUUCUAAGGAGCAAAGGCUGGUGUCGUCAAGCCGCUUCCAGCGUCUCAUUAGUCUGGCACCCGUGGCCAAAGAGAAUGUCGGUUUGAAGGGACCUGCAGUCCAGAUAGAGCAGCUCGAGGCAGCCAUAGCAUCCCAGCAAAAAGCAAUGGCUAUUUUUUCCGACCAGCUUGCUGAGUAUGCAGAGGGUUGGGAUUCUUUUUUAGGUGGCCACGAAUUGGACUACGGAUACAAGAGGUACAUUGAAAAGUGUCGUUGGCAACGAGAGAAGGCGAGCAGGAUCUUGGAAAUGUUUAGUACAGUACGCAUUCGAUUGGCGAAGGCGAAACAAGUGGUAGGGAUGCUAAGAGAAAGUGACAUCGAAGAGAUUAUUCACUUAGUUUGUGUUCUGGUGUUGAUGUUGACUACAGAGUGGAAUCAGCACAUGGCCAGUGGUAGUACUACGCUGCUGUGGGCAGUCAUUGAGCGAGAGUACGGGGCGUCCGUGUUAGCCACUGAAAGGUGUCUUGAUGGAGGACAAACCUAG